GCGGGACUGGGUGGGUCUUGUGGGCGGGGAUUGCUUGUGACAGGCUCUGGGUCUCCUUCACUUCGCCCUCCAGCUGCACGCACCGGCCAGGCCGCACAUCGCUCUGCUCAGUCAAGAUGGCCGUUCCUCCAGCCUACGCUGACCUCGGCAAGUCCUCUAGAGACAUCUUCAACAAAGGAUAUGGGUUUGGGCUGGUGAAACUUGAUGUCAAGACCAAGUCUGCAAGUGGAGUGGAAUUCUCUACAUCAGGCUCAUCAAACACAGAUUCUGCUAAAGUAAACGGCAGCUUAGAGACCAAAUACAAAUGGGGAGAAUACGGACUAACGUUCACAGAGAAAUGGAACACCGACAACACCUUGGGGACUGAAAUUGCAAUUGAAGACCAGAUUGCAAAAGGUCUUAAACUAACAUUUGACACAACCUUCUCACCGAACACAGGCAAGAAGAGCGGUAAAGUCAAGGCUGCUUACAAACGCGAGUAUGUAAACCUCGGAUGUGAUGUGGACUUUGAUUUUGCUGGUCCUGCCAUUCAUGGCUCAGCGGUUGUGGGUUAUGAAGGUUGGCUGGCUGGUUAUCAGAUGACCUUUGACAGUGCCAAAUCCAAGCUGACCAAGAAUAACUUUGCAGUUGGUUACAAGACGGGAGACUUCCAGCUCCAUACUAAUGUCAAUGAUGGAUCAGAAUUUGCUGGCUCUAUCUACCAGAAAGUCAGUGACAAACUCGAGACAGCCGUUAACCUGGCCUGGACAGCUGGCAACAAUAGCACUCGCUUUGGCAUUGCUACCAAAUAUCAGCUGGAUUCUGAUGCAUCCAUCUCUGCAAAGGUGAAUAAUGCCAGUCUUAUUGGUGUAGGCUACACCCAGACCCUCAGGCCAGGAGUGAAAUUGACCCUCUCUGCGCUGCUAGAUGGAAAGAACAUUAAUGCUGGUGGCCACAAACUUGGCUUGGGUCUGGAGCUGGAGGCCUAGACACCUUCCUACUGCCGCAAACAGCGCCAAGGGAUAUCCAGGAAAUCAGCCUUACCUACAUAUUUGUUUUCAGUACCAUAACCAGCAAAGCUUCUAUUUUGCCUCCCUCUGUUUGUCCCCAAA